AUUUGACAGUACAAAAAAAUGACAGUCGGUGUGCAAAGCUGUGAAUGGAGAGGCGUGAGACUUGUAAUCGAAUAAAUGUUUCGAUUAUAUUAAUUUAAUUAAUCGUGCAAUAUAAUCAUCAAUUAAUUGAGAGGUUUACGAAGAGAUUUGUUAUUUUCAAUCAAUAAAAUGAGUGCCUCCAAUGGAGAAAAGAAACAAAUUCGUGUGUGGUGUGAUGGGUGUUACGACAUGGUACAUUUUGGUCAUGCAAACUCCUUGCGGCAAGCGAAAGCACUUGGCGAUGUGUUAAUAGUCGGAGUGCACACAGAUGAAGAAAUUGCAAAACACAAAGGUCCCCCUGUUUUUACACAGGAGGAGCGGUACAAGAUGGUGAAGGCUAUAAAAUGGGUUGACCAGGUUGUUGAGGGAGCACCCUACGUCACAACCCUUGAGACGCUGGACAAAUAUCAGUGUGACUUCUGUGUACAUGGAGAUGACAUCACAGUAACUGCAGAUGGAAUUGAUACAUAUCAUUUGGUCAAAAAUGCAGGCAGAUAUAGAGAGGUGCAAAGAACUGCAGGAGUAUCAACGACGGAUCUCGUGGGGCGGAUGUUGCUCCUCACCAGAGAACAUUUCAAGAGAGGUGACAAAGAGUACUACGUGGCGUUGGAGCACUCUUCAAAUCUCGGCACAGAUCGCACGGCACGGUCACCUUACACUGGGUGCUCGCAGUUCCUGCCUACUACACAGAAGAUCAUACAGUUCAGUAGUGGUCUAUCGCCGAAGCCUACAGAUAAGGUGGUGUACGUAGCAGGCGCCUUCGAUUUGUUCCACGUGGGGCACCUGGAUUUCCUCGCAGCGGCCCGCGAGCAGGGAGAUUUCAUCAUCGUGGGGCUCCACACCGACCUCGAGGUCAACCGCUACAAGGGCUCCAACUACCCCAUCAUGAACUUGCACGAGCGGGUUUUAUCCGUGCUUGCUUGCAAGUACGUCCACGAAGUCGUGAUCGGUGCGCCGUACUCCGUGACGGCGGAGCUGAUGGACCACUUCAGGGUGCAGGUGGUGUGCCACGGCGACACGGCCAUCGCGCGCGACGCGGACGGCGCCGAGCCCUACGCCGUGCCCAAGAAGCGCGGCUGCUUUAAGAUUAUCAAAUCCGGCAACUCCAUGACAACAGAAGACAUCGUGCAACGAAUAAUAAGCCACCGCCUCGAGUUCGAGAUGAGAAAUACGCGCAAAGAGCACAAGGAGAUCGCCGCCGUGAAGGCCAUACAAAGCGAACACCUCAAGCAGAACGGCACGUGUUUACAUCAGGAGAGUUAACUCAUCAACUACUAAUCAUAAUCAACCUCUGAACUAUAGUAGACAACUAAUUUGACCUAUAAUAAGUUUGGCAACAAUUUCAUUUUUGGUACAAGCUUUUAUCGCUGACUGUACUUUUCUUUCCACAGGCAACUAGUACUCAUCGAGACAAUUCUAAAAACCCCAAACAUAAUUAGGUUUCGUUGUUUUAUCACAGAGUUCCUAUGGCCACCUUCUGUCUCCAUCAUCAGAUCUGCUCGAUGGUAGAUGGUACCAUAAUAUUGCAUUGUCACCCGACUUACAUGUGUAUGCAAAUUUUCAGCUUCAUUGGAAGUCGGGAAGAGGAUCAAAUUUAACUUGCAUGAAUUGAUCUGUAGGUACAAACAUAGUUACAUAAGUACAUACAUACUUACAUAGGUACAUUGCAACAAGGCAUUGCAUUGGUAGGUUAAUAAAAAACUUUUAAUAACUUACAGCCAGAGAAGAGCCCCGUUAACGUUUUCGGCGCCAUUGACUUGAUAUAAAAUCAGUACAUUUCGUGCCCCACACACCACGACUAUAUAUGUUAUACGGUUUUUUUACGUGCAAUUUGUAGCGUGACGGUGAUGAAAUUUCAUUACUUCAUUGACGUGGCGGCGAAAAGGUUAAAAAAGACCAAUGAUUCGGUCGCAAGAAACCGUAAGACUAGGACAGCACUAGGGGGUUAUUAUUUACAUUUAUGCAAGACACUUUCUGACAUAUUUCUGCUAAGAGGGACAGGGAACUACUAUUACAUCUGACAUUGUCGGAGGUCUACCGAGCUUUCUCUGUCACUCUUAGAAGAAAGUGUGCAAAGGGGUAGAUGUUAUAAGUAAUAACUCCUAUGUCCCAGACCUCGCAGUGGAAUUUUCGGCUAAAAUAGUUAGUUACAAUUCACUAGGCCUGCGAAUCCGAAACGCGAUACGGUUGUGGGCAAAACAACUUUGAAAGGAUUUUUUUAGUAGUGCGAAUUAGGUCCCCGGUGAGCGAAUAGUUAAUCCGUUUUAGCUAGAUAGUUAUUCUAAGUGAAAUUGAACAUGGAUUAGAAAAGUAUAGCUUUACUAGAUGGUCUAGCCAAGAAAAGUAUAGAGCACAAUAUUGACAAAUAAAAUUGGCUUUAAAUUUUGAUGCCUUUAUCGGUUACUUAACUAGAAAACCGAAAACAUUAUUCAAAACAUAGCGCUCGUAUUUCAUUGUAAUCGGUAAGUGUAGUUUGAUUGAAUCACAGGAGUACCAUCCGUUACUAUUCUGAUUACCUGUUACUUGAAUUUGAUUGUCUGUUAUAGUUCAGUUGUUAGCGACACAUCUAGUACUCGUUACCAAAAAUAUAAAUGAAUGCUAUGUAGACAAAUUAAAAGAAUAUGUUUAUUUCGAUACAGCAUCCGCGUAAAACUAAACGGCAAUAGAAAAACCAAAGUUGUCGGAUCUGUGUUAAAACGCUUUUGAAAAGUUUAUUUGCUGUCUAGGUAAAUCAUGUAUAUAAAUUUAACUGUUUAUUUAUUGCGUUUGGAUGCGUGAAGGACUUUAUUGCUUGUUCGGCAAUAUCUAGAACCUAGUCUUAUGUGAAGGAACUAGGUCUUACAGAGAGAAUAAACCGAGAGGGAAAGGUCCAUACAAAAUCAAGGGAUGUUUUCUGGAAAAAUUGACCUUAGAAUUGUGUAAAAGAACCUUGUUUUCUAAAUGCACUAAAAUCACUUCUAAGAUCACGGUUUAGUGUACAAAGCUCCCCUGUUCGUAUACAAAUUCUUAAAUAUCAUAUCUUGUUCUUUUAGUAAAGUUGUACGCGCUCAAACGCAAGACUUCUUUCGUCUGGUUGAAAGGUAUAUAUACUGAUAUGAAUAUGUUAUAUAAUAUCGGAAUUAUCAUGAAGCAACAUAAAGCUUCAAGCAUUUGCUGCAAUGUAAUGUCAAAUUACAAUAUUAAAUUGCACCAAACUUACAAAAUGAGAUUCUUAAGUUAGUGGAACUAAUCUCUAUCAACCCCUCGAGCCUCGUGAUCGCGAUAUCGCACACGAGAUCAUACAAAAUGUAUGAACAGUCGAAAACCCCUGGGAUUAAGAAAGAGAGUCGAGGGGUUCAAUUAUAAAUAAUCAAUAUUUAUUGAAACACAUGAUAUUACUCAAUUCAAUUCCAGAAUUGCCCGCCUAUUUCUGUUUUUUUAUUCCGUAGACUAAAAUGACAUUUCAUGUGGUACUAAGAAAUGUCAUGUCUUCCACAUGAAACGUCAUUUUAGUCAACGGAAUAAAAAAAAACAGACCUUAAGUUUUUAUUUAUAAUAAGAUUUGUAAUUAUUGCCAAGUUUUUGCCUAAUAUAUGUCAUUCCGAUUUACUAUUUUCACUAGCAAAAACUUAGUUUACUGUUGUUAUGUGGUUGUAUGGCAUCAAUCAACAUUUUUUGUUGAAGGUGUUUAGGUAAGGAAGGGCUUUUAAUUAUUUCUUUCUUGUUUAUAUUUAUUGUAUCUUGUACUUUAUAUUAAAUAUUAGGUCUUUUCUAUAUUUAAAAUACAAUUAUCCGCAUUUUUCAGUCGAAUUAUUUAAGGUGUUUUGUUUGUUAUAUACUAAUAGUUUUUUGACGCUACACGCCUUCAAUGUAUUUUAUAUUUUAUCUAAUUUAUAAAUAAUGUUAUAACCUGAAAGUAAUGUGCAUAUUAUAAUAAUACACUAUAUAUUAAUAUAGUU